CAUCAUCAUCUCGAUUACACCUCACAAAAGUCAUUCAAUAUGGGUGAUAUAGCGAUGAAAAAUAGAUUUCGUACAGUUAAACAACCACCUGAGGGUUCCUGGGGCUAUUUGAUCGCCGUUGGAAUGGCGAUGCCUUUCAUCUGUGCUCUGAGCAGCAUGCCAUCAUUUGGAUUGAUGUUCAAUGACUUCCUAACGAGUUUGGGUGAAGAAACGAGUGCAGUGACCAUCAUUACCAGCUGCUUUUUCUGUGCGUUGAGCUUUGCCGGCCUGUUCACAAACACAUUGUUCAAAAAAAUGUCAAUACGAACCGUGGGCGUAUUCGGUGGUUCAAUGUACUUUUUGGGCAGCCUAAUGACUAUUUUCGUUACGUCAGUUGAACAAUUGAUGAUUGCGUUUAGCAUAUUUCAAGGCAUUGGUUUUGGUUUCAUGAUCCCAGUGGCGUAUACUUCGUUCAAUCACUAUUUCGUCGAGAGACGCGUUGUAAUGAUGAGUGUUGCUCAAUCUUUAAUCGGUGUCGGGACAAUGAUCUAUCCCAUUCUUGUGCAGUUUUUAAUGGAAAAAUAUGGGUUUCGCGGAUCGAUGGCUAUUCUUGCAGCUAUAAACAGCCAUGCAAUUUUGGGCAUGAUGGUCAUGCAUCCCAUUGAAUGGCAUUAUAAAGUGAAGAGAGUUCCGAUCGACGAAGUAAAACCUUUGAUGAAUUCAAUUGAAAAAGAACCAGAAGUGAAAAUCGUAGUGAUGUCAGAAAAUAACUGCGAAAUAAAGCCAAUUGAUAUGGAUCGGAAUCGUUUAAGUAUUCCAAAUAACAAUUCAGUACAAAAUGCCAUAAACAGUGAACUCUGUGCAUUGAAGAGCGAGCGAAGUAGAUCAUUAGAUCCAACACAAGCUCUCGAUGGGUUUGACCCGACUCAACGGCGUGUAUCAAGUAUUUCUAGUUUGGGAAAUUGGACUGGAGCUGUUAUCGUGAGCGAAGUACCAGAAGGAAUCAAGCAAAAUGGCAAAUGUUAUGUGAACAUUGCUCUCGGCAUGUCAUUUGCACUGUAUUCUGAUACGGCAUUUUUCACACUGCAACCGCUGUACUUGUUUGAAUUGGGAUUUUCUAAAACUGAUGCUGCGAUGAUAAUUGCGAUGGGAGCGGCUGCUGAUUUAUUGAGUCGUGUUUUCAUGGCUGUGAUGAGUUUGUGCGUUCAAGUCAAAGCACGUUAUAUUUAUUUGGCUGGCGCAUCGUUGACUUGCAUUGCACGAUUUGUAUUUUUGAAUGUAUUCGACUUUGUUGGAAUGGCAGUGAUAACAGCAUUACUUGGCUUCUUUCGAACGUGGAUCCACGUUCCUUUGCCAUUAGUGUUCGCAGAAUACUUAUCGCAAGAAAGAUUCCCCUCUGGUUACGGCCUAUUCAUGUUUAUUUGUGGUAACAUCACCUUUUUAGUCGGUCCGUUUGUCGGCUGGAUUCGAGAUAUAACCAAAAAUUAUGCCAUUUGCUUUCAUUUGCUUACAUUUAUAAUGGGAUUGUGUGCCAUUCCAUGGAUCAUUGAAAUCAUUUGGAUUCGAAUUCAAUCGAGAAAAUCUGAAAAAUGAACAGCAGCAUUUUUAAUUUUUUAUGAUUUAGUAACUUCUUGUAAUAGGAUAUGCGGCAAUCAUCCUCUGGCAUAUCCCAUGUGAGCUUCGAAUAAAAGAAAAACACCUCCCUGAACAAUUUUUCCUGAGAAAUCAAACUAAUUUAGACAUACAAAUGAAUGAAUUGUAUCAAUCAGCUGAGAAACACGCAAGUCAUUUAAAAUAAGAAAAAACGCGUUACAAUUUGUUAAUCUCCUUGAAACGUGUGUGCGAUCGAUGACUAAUAUUAUAUCAUCAAGACCAGUCUAGAUCAAAUUAUCCUAACAAGUUCCAUUUUUAUGAAUCAUUUCGAUUAAUAUAAAGUUCCACCGACACACAUUUUCUACCUUUACAUAUUAAUUGGAAUGCAGAGUGAAUGAAAAGCUAGGGGGUAUACCCCAUUUUUUUCAUCUUUUAUAUCCACACGCAUCAAGUAAUAACUUAGAAAUUCAAU